CGAAAGAACAAAAAUUCCAAUGCAAGCAAACUUUCGGAAUGUCGACAAUCUCAAACGAUCACUACUACUAGUCUACUACUACUGCGAAAAACGAGAACGUCGCUUAUUACAUUUAAAUCGACGAGCUCUAACUAAGUUCCAUUUCUCUUCACAACACCACAAUCUCCACUCUCCAGUAUUCUGUUUCACUCUCACUGCUCCUUCUCUCUUCCGACUUCCGCUUCGCGGUUCGCACACAACCAUGGAUUCCCUCGCCGUCGAAGCUUCUUCCAGUACUUCCAAGAUUCUCGAGUUCAAGUCGCGCUUCGAGGCCUACAAUCGCCUGCAGUCAGUUGCCGUGGCUUUCGGCGAGAAGCUCCCGAUACCGGAGAUCGUUGCCCUCGGUGGUCAGUCCGAUGGCAAGAGCUCCCUUCUUGAAGCUCUCCUCGGAUUCAGAUUCAACGUUCGCGAGGUCGAGAUGGGGACUCGUAGACCUCUCAUCAUUCAGAUGCUCCACGAUCCCUCCGCCGUGGAGCCUCGUUGCCGAUUACAGGAGGAGGACUCGGAAGAAUAUGGAAGUUUACUUGUUUUGGGAUCUACAGUUGCAGAUCUUAUCAAGUCCAGAACAGAGGCACAUCUGAGGAAGACCAAAACUGUGGUUUCUUCUAAGCCAAUUGUCAUGCGAGCAGAAUAUGCUCAUUGUCCUGAUCUCGCCAUUAUAGAUACUCCUGGCUUUGUCCUUAAGGCAAAGAAGGGGGAACCAGAGAAUACACCCGAUGAGAUCCUGUCAAUGGUGAAGUCGUUGGCAAGUCCUCCUCAUCGUCUUCUCCUGUUCCUUCAGCAAAGUAGUGUGGAAUGGUGCUCAUCACUCUGGUUAGAUGCCAUUCGUGAAAUUGAUCCAACCUUUAGGCGGACAAUCAUUGUUGUCUCCAAGUUUGAUAAUAGACUCAAGGAGUUUACUGAUCGGAGGGAAUUAGAUCAGUAUUUAAGUGCUAGCGGUUACCUUGGGGAGAACACUCAUCCUUUCUUUGUGGCCCUGCCAAAGGACAGGGGCAUGGUAACAAAUGAGGAAUUCCGCAGGCAAAUAUCUCAGGUCGACAAUGAAGUCCUCCAGCAUAUGCGUGAGAACAUCAAUGGAGGAUUUGAUGAAGAAAAGUUCAGGCCCUUCAUUGGUUUUGGCUGUCUGAAGGAGUACCUGGAGUCUGAGCUUCAGAAGAGGUAUAAAGAAGCUGCACCAGCUACUCUUGCACUACUUCAACGACGCUGCAGUGAAGUCACUGUUGAGUUGGAGAGAAUAAACUCUGAUAUACAGGCUACUUCUGAUGUUGCCUCUCUCCGGAGGUCUGCAAUGUUGCAUGCAGCUUCAAUCAGCAGUCAUGUGGGAGCAUUGAUUGAUGGAGCAACAGAUCCUGCCCCAGAGCAAUGGGGGAAAACUACAGAAGAAGAAAGGUUGGAGAGUGGUCUUGUGAGCUGGCCGGGUGUCAUUGCAGAUAUAAAACCUCCCAAUUCUUCCCUAAGGCUCCAUGGAGGAGCUGCAUUUGAGAGGGUCAUGCAUGAAUUCCGUUGUGCUUCGUAUUCCAUAAUGUGCCCAACAGUGUCAAAGGAAAAGGUUGGGAACAUACUACUUGCCCAUGCUGUAAAGGGUGGUGGUGGAGGAGUAAUGGAGGCAGCUGCAGAUAUAGCACGCGCAACUGCUCGAUCAUGGCUUGCCUCUCUUCUGGAAACUGCCUGUGAUCGACUUGCAUUUGUUUUGAGGAACCUUUUUGAACUUGCUGUUGAACGCCAUCGCAACCGUGAAUCCUCAGAGAGUGGUAGGAAGCGUAGAGAUAUGGAUGGGUAUGUUGGUUUUCAUGCUGCCUUGAGGCACUCCUACAAUAACUUCAUAGUGGAGGUUGCCAAGCAAUGCAAGCAACUUGUCCGCCACCACCUUGAUUCAGUUACUAGCCCAUAUUCUCAGGCCUGCUAUGAAAAUGACUUCUCAGGUGGUUAUGGAUCAGGUCCAUAUUCUAUCUACAGAUUCAAUCCUACUCCUGCUGUUUCUUUUAAUCUUGAACCAUCUGAUGGCAUGCCAAUAUUCCAAGAUGAAACAACAGGCAGGGAUCAGGAAAAUAUACCUCCAGAAAGGGGCUCUCAGCAAACAACUCCAGGGAAAAGAACCUUAUCCAGAGAAGCUCUCCAGGAAACUGAAAUGACUAUUCCUGAUACACCUCCUGAUCAGCCAUGUGAUGUAGUUCAUGCAGGAGUUAAAAAGAAAGACAAGAAGAAAGGACAUGGAAACCACAUAGAGGUUGGAGGGAGAAAACGACUUGUACCCAACAGAAGCAAGGAGGAUAAUCAUCUGGCACAAAAUGGUGGUGGUGUAGGCCUCCUUGUUGUCAAUGGUGAUAUUGGUUCUGGAGCAGGCUCAGCUUAUUCAGAUAUUUGUUCUGCAGCUGCACAAUAUUUUGCCAAAAUACGAGAAAUUCUUGUUGAGCGAAGUGUGACAUCUACUAUGAAUUCUGGAUUUUUAACUCCUUGUCGAGAUAGGCUCGUGGUGGCACUCAGCUUAGACUUAUUUGCUGUGAAUGAUGAGAAGUUCAUGGAUAUGUUCGUAGCACCUGGUGCAAUUGACACCCUUCAGAACGAACAAACAUCCCUUCACAAGCGCCAGAGGAUACUUCAGUCUUGUUUGCAUGAGUUCAAAAGUAUAGCUCGUGUCCUUUGAUGGUUAUAUAAUCCCAGAGUUCAAAAGCAUAGGUUGUUGAUAAAUGUAACUCACUGUUGAUUCCACAGUACACGCCUAGAGAAAAUUUGAUUUGCAGCGAGCUUCAGUGUCAUGGAAAUCUGAAUGAAUCUAUAUUCAAUUUAGUUGCCAUGAUGACUCCAAAUUAGUGGCGUUUUGAAUUUUU